AUGACUGCUAUACUGCACAAGUCAUUUCUCGAGAUGUCCGCCAACGACAAGAUGCCGAUUUUCAAGGCCCCAAGAGCGCUCCCACCUGGCCGCUGGAAGCGCUCGGCCGAUGCUCCACCACCGCCGCCACCACCACCACCACCACCAUCUGCCAGGCCAAGCGUCAUCGUAAUGGCGCCACCGGCACAGCCUCAGCCGGCCGCUGCAGUCAGCACAAAGGAGGCAUGGAUCCGCUUCAUGGAGAAGAAAGCGGAACAAGCUGUCUUCCCAUCGAAGGAGGCGUCGACACUACAACGAAAGUAUCUGUUCGACGCCAGUACACUUGUACUGACAAUGUGCAGCGAGUGUCGAAGAGCCAGCCGUAACCUGCAGAUGAAGCAGGUUGAUGAUGACAACCAACAGUUGGUCAUCAACCUCUGCUCCAUCUGCAGGGCCAACUGGAGGGCUCAACUCGCAUCCCGAUUCUUCAAGCACGACAUCUUGUUGGUGAAAAGGAAGCUUGCCGCCAACCAGGAAGCCGACCAGGAAGCCGACCAGGAAGCCGACCAGGCCUAA